AUGGCGGUGCCGGCUCGGACCUGCGGCGCCUCUCGGCCCGGCCCGGCGCGGAUUGCGCUCCCCUGCCCCGGCCGCGGCCCCCGGCCCGGCCCCGGCGCGCGGCGCCCGCCGUCCGGGUCCCAGCGCCCGCUGUUGCUGCUAUUGCCGCCGCUGCUGCUGCUACCGCUGCUAGCCACCCCCGGCGCCUCUGCCUACAGCUUUCCCCAGCAGCACACGAUGCAGCACUGGGCCCGGCGCCUGGAGCAAGAGAUCGAUGGUGUGAUGCGGAUUUUUGGGGGCGUCCAGCAGCUCCGUGAGAUCUACAAGGACAACCGGAAUCUAUUUGAGGUGCAGGAGAAUGAGCCUCAGAAGUUGGUGGAGAAGGUAGCAGGGGACAUCGAGAGCCUGCUGGACAGGAAGGUGCAGGCCUUGAAGAGAUUGGCUGACGCUGCAGAGAACUUCCAGAAAGCCCACCGCUGGCAGGACAACAUCAAGGAGGAAGACAUCCUGUACUAUGACGCCAAGGCUGACGCUGAGCUGGACGACCCUGAGAGUGAAGAUGUGGAGAGGGGGUCCAAGGCCAGCACCCUAAGGCUGGACUUCGUUGAGGACUCAAACUUCAAGAACAAGGUCAACUACUCGUACACGGCCGUGCAGAUCCCCACGGACAUCUACAAAGGCUCUACUGUCAUCCUUAAUGAACUCAACUGGACAGAGGCCCUGGAGAACGUGUUUAUGGAGAACCGCAGGCAGGACCCCACACUGCUGUGGCAGGUCUUCGGCAGCGCCACUGGAGUCACUCGCUACUAUCCAGCCACCCCAUGGCGAGCCCCUAAGAAAAUCGACCUGUACGAUGUCCGAAGGAGACCCUGGUAUAUCCAGGGGGCCUCGUCACCCAAGGACAUGGUCAUCAUCGUGGAUGUGAGCGGCAGUGUGAGUGGCCUGACCCUGAAGCUGAUGAAGACGUCUGUCUGUGAGAUGCUGGACACGCUCUCUGAUGAUGACUACGUGAAUGUGGCCUCGUUCAAUGAAAAGGCACAGCCUGUGUCAUGCUUCACACACCUGGUGCAGGCCAAUGUGCGUAACAAGAAGGUGUUCAAGGAAGCUGUGCAGGGCAUGGUGGCCAAGGGCACCACAGGCUACAAGGCCGGCUUUGAGUAUGCCUUCGACCAGCUACAGAACUCCAAUAUCACUCGUGCCAACUGCAAUAAGAUGAUCAUGAUGUUCACGGAUGGUGGUGAGGACCGCGUGCAGGAUGUCUUUGAGAAGUACAAUUGGCCCAACCGGACGGUGCGUGUGUUCACUUUCUCCGUGGGGCAACACAACUACGACGUCACACCCUUGCAGUGGAUGGCCUGUGCCAACAAAGGUUACUAUUUCGAGAUCCCUUCCAUUGGAGCCAUCCGCAUUAACACACAGGAGUAUCUGGACGUAUUGGGCAGGCCCAUGGUACUGGCGGGCAAGGAGGCCAAGCAGGUGCAGUGGACCAACGUGUAUGAGGAUGCAUUGGGACUGGGGUUGGUGGUGACAGGGACCCUCCCUGUUUUCAACCUGACACAAGAUGGCCCUGGGGAAAAGAAGAACCAGCUGAUCCUGGGUGUGAUGGGCAUCGAUGUGGCUCUGAAUGACAUCAAGAGGCUGACUCCAAACUACACGCUUGGAGCUAACGGCUAUGUGUUUGCCAUUGACCUGAACGGCUACGUGUUGCUGCACCCCAACCUCAAGCCCCAGACCACCAACUUCCGGGAGCCUGUGACUUUGGACUUCCUGGAUGCUGAGCUGGAGGAUGAGAACAAGGAGGAGAUCCGUCGGAGCAUGAUCGAUGGCAAUAAGGGCCACAAGCAGAUCAGAACGCUGGUCAAGUCCCUGGAUGAGAGGUACGUAGACGAGGUGAUGCGGAACUAUACGUGGGUGCCUAUAAGGAGCACCAACUACAGCCUAGGGCUUGUGCUCCCACCCUACAGCACCUUCUACCUCCAAGCCAACCUCAGCGACCAGAUCCUGCAGGUCAAGUUGCCAAUCAGCAAACUGAAGGAUUUUGAGUUCCUGCUCCCCAGCAGCUUUGAGUCUGAAGGACAUGUUUUCAUUGCUCCCAGAGAGUAUUGCAAGGACCUGAAUGCCUCAGACAACAACACCGACUUCCUGAAAAACUUCAUUGAGCUCAUGGAGAAAGUGACUCCAGACUCCAAGCAGUGCAACAACUUCCUUCUGCACAACCUGAUCUUGGACACAGGUAUCACACAGCAGCUGGUGGAGCGUGUGUGGCGGGACCAGGAUCUCAACACGUACAGUCUUCUGGCCGUGUUCGCUGCCACCGAUGGUGGCAUCACUCGUGUAUUCCCCAACAAGGCAGCGGAGGACUGGACGGAGAAUCCGGAGCCCUUCAAUGCUAGCUUCUACCGCCGUAGCCUGGACAACCAUGGCUAUGUCUUCAAGCCCCCACACCAGGAUGCCCUGUUAAGGCCACUGGAGCUGGAGAAUGACACAGUGGGCAUCCUCGUCAGCACAGCUGUGGAGCUCAGCCUGGGUGGACGCACACUGAGGCCAGCAGUGGUAGGUGUUAAGCUGGACCUAGAGGCCUGGGCUGAGAAGUUCAAGGUGCUAGCCAGCAACCGUACCCACCAGGACCAGCCUCAGAAGUGUGGUCCCAGCAGCCACUGUGAGAUGGACUGCGAGGUUAACAAUGAGGACCUGCUCUGUGUCCUCAUUGAUGAUGGGGGAUUCCUGGUGCUGUCAAACCAGAAUCAUCAGUGGGACCAGGUGGGCAGGUUCUUCAGUGAGGUGGAUGCCAACCUGAUGCUGGCACUCUACAAUAACUCCUUCUACACCCGCAAAGAGUCCUACGACUACCAGGCAGCCUGCGCCCCCCAACCCCCAGGCAACCUGGGUGCUGCACCUCGGGGAGUCUUUGUGCCCACCAUCGCAGACUUCCUUAACCUGGCCUGGUGGACCUCGGCUGCAGCCUGGUCCUUGUUCCAGCAGCUUCUCUACGGCCUCAUCUAUCACAGCUGGUUCCAGGCAGACCCCGCGGAGGCUGAGGGGAACCCCGAGGCGCGCGAGAGCAGCUGCGUCAUGAAACAGACCCAGUACUACUUCGGGUCGGUGAACGCCUCCUACAACGCCAUCAUCGACUGCGGAAACUGCUCCAGGCUGUUCCACGCGCAAAGACUGACCAACACCAACCUUCUCUUCGUGGUGGCCGAAAAGCCGCUGUGCAGCCAGUGUGAGGCUGGCCGGCUGCUGCAGAAGGAGACACACUCGGACGGCCCGGAGCAGUGUGAACUGGUACAGAGACCGCGAUACCGGAGAGGCCCACAUAUCUGCUUUGACUACAACGCGACGGAAGAUACCUCAGACUGUGGCCGCGGAGCUUCCUUCCCGCCGUCGCUGGGCGUCCUGGUCUCCCUGCAGCUGCUGCUCCUCCUGGGCCUGCCUCCCCGGCCGCAGCCCCAAGUCCACGCCCACGCCUCGCGCCGCGUCUGAGCGCCCCCUCCUGCCCCUCUCCAGGCCUCCCCGCCUCUCCUAUGCCCCAUACACCCCGCCUUAGAG